CGGUUGUUCGCCAAGCCGACUGGGCCAAGGGGAGCGUGGGGACCCAAGGAAGGGGUUGGUGGAUCUCUUUUCCUUCUUUUUCGCCGACUUCUGCGUCGCCACACACCACUGCACCACUGCAUUCUCUCCCCACAAGACCAACCCGAAGUGCUGAACUAGCUUAACGGUCGAACAUCACCAACGCACAUCAUGUCGCAGCCGCCCUAUCGCGAAUCCCCGUCGUGAUUGUAGCCCGCGACGAUGGAUUGGGUUAACCGUAUCGUCCAUCUCGAGCGACGAGUGCUCGGAAUUAACGAGAGUGACGACGGUCGUAUCGGAUCCGGGCGCAAUGAUAGCGGUGGCGGUGGUACCCUCGUCAACUUCAACCCGGCCGACGAUGGCAAAAAGUCCGAGUCGUUAGCCUCACUCGGAAGCACCUUCAUCCCCGUUGUCGUCUACUCGGCCAUCUGUUUGCUCAUUUUCUUCGUCUUCCGCCGGAAAUGCCGCCGUGUUUACGCUGCGAGGACCCUACCAUCCCUCCGUUCUCCAGAGAGCCCGAGCCCCGAGCUCCCGGAUGGCUGGUUCAACUGGAUCAAGCCCUUCUUCGCCAUCAAGGAUGAUUACAUCCUCAACAACUGCUCCCUAGAUGGCUUCUUUUUCCUCCGCUUCCUCCGCAUGUUGUCCAUCAUUUGCCUUGCUGGCGUCGUCGUUGUCUGGCCCGUCCUGUUGCCCAUAAACGCUACCGGUGCCAGCGGGCUGCUGGAGCUGGAUUCCCUGACCAUCGGCAAUGUCAAACUCCCCGACAAGUACUACGCCCAUGUACUCGUGGCAUGGUGCUUUUUCGGUUUCGUGCUUUUCAUGAUAUGCCGCGAGUGCAUUUACUAUGUCAACCUCCGGCAGGCCUAUCUGCUCUCGCCAAACUAUUCGAAACGGCUCUCCUCUAGGACCGUCUUGUUUACCUGCAUUCCAAAGCCUUAUCUGGAGGAGGCAAAGCUGCGGAAGCUGUUCGGCGACUCGGUCAAGAACGUCUGGAUCGUCAAGGACACGAGCGCUGUGCGCGCCCUCGUCGAAGACCGCGAGGAGACCGCCGACCGGUUGCAGCAAGCAGAAGUCAGAUUGAUCCGACUAGCGAACGCCUCGCGCCAAAAGCAUCUCAAGAAGCACCCGGCCGCCUCCACCUUGAAUAAUCAUCUCAACGAGAGCGAUGCCAACUCGCCUCGGCCUUCACAAAAUGAAGCCGAAAAGGGCCACGUUAUUGAUACUGCCGAACACUUCGCCGAACGUCAAAUGUCCGUUUCGGACAGCCCAACGUUAGACAAGGUGCAAGAUCCCGAUUACGUUCACCCGUACGGCCUCGACCCGUCGCUGCCGGACGUCAGGGGCUCCGUGGCCGCCCUCUGGCUCCCGGUUCAGUCGCGACCUCACCACCGCCCGCUUCGGAACUUUGGCCGCCGGGUUGACACCAUCCGGUGGACCAGGGCGAGGCUGAAGGUGCUCAACAAGGAGAUUUGGAAGCUCCGCCGGAAGUUUCGCCGAGGCGAUGGCGCCUCACUCAACGCCGCGUUUAUCGAAUUCGACUCGCAGGCUGGCGCCCAGGCAGGCUUCCAGAUCCUAGCCCACCACCAGCCGCUGCAUAUGUCACCGUGCUACAUCGGCCUCCAGCCCGACGAAGUCAUCUGGAGCGUGCUACGCGUCCGCUGGUGGGAGCACAUCAUGCGCCGCUUUUUUAUGAUGGGCGUCAUCGCCGUCGCCAUCGUCUUUUGGUCCAUUCCCGCCGCCCUCGUCGGUAUGAUCACCAACAUCAAAUCUCUGAGCGAGAUGGUCUUUUUUCUCGAGUGGAUCAUGCUGCUGCCCGGCUCGAUCCUAGGUGUCAUCCAAGGUCUGUUACCGGCCCUCGCCCUCUCCUGGCUCAUGGCGGCCGUCCCAUGGAUGCUCAGGGGCUGCGCCAGGGUGGCCGGCGUGCCCUCGCGUGCCCUGGUGGAGCUGUACGUGCAGCACGCCUACUUCUUUUUCCAGGUUGUGCAGGUCUUCCUCGUCACCACACUCACCUCGGCAGCCUCGGCAGCCGUCUUCGACAUCAUACAAAACCCGAUCAUGGUAAAGGACAUGCUCUCCGAGAACCUACCCAAGGCAUCCAAUUUCUAUCUGUCGUACAUUCUCAUCCAGUGCCUCGCCGCUGGUACCACAAGGCUCGCCAACGUUGGCGACCUCAUCCGGCACGAGGUCAUUGCCAAAACGCUUCCCAACCCGAGACGGCGCUUCUACCGCUGGCGCAGAUUGCGGGAGAUUCACUGGGGGAGCGAGUACCCUCGCUUCACCAACCUGGGCGUAAUCGCCAUCAGCUAUUCCUGCAUCGCGCCCAUGAUCCUCGUCUUUGCGGGGCUGGGCAUGUUCUUUACCAGCUACGUCUACCGCUACAACCUGAUAUACGUCAAUGACACCGGGCCCGACAGCAAAGGGCUCUUCUACCCCCGCGCACUCAUGCAGCUCAUGACCGGGCUCUACAUCGCCGAGGUCUGCCUCAUCGGUCUCUUCGCCCUCAAGUCCUCAUUCGGCCCGCUUCUCCUGAUGGUCAUCUUCCUCGUCUUCACUUCACUCGUGCACAUCUCACUGAGCGGAGCCAUGACGCCGCUCCUCAACAACCUUCCGCGCACACUCGCCCUCGAAAAAGACAUGGGCCCCAUCGCACAAGACGAACAGCCGGGCGACGACACGGCCCAGCCAGAGCCCCACCCCACCGGCGGCCUCGCCGCAGACUACUACAACAUGACCGACGACGACGACUCGGACAGCUUACCAGACAACGGCCCCAACCACGACCUCGACACCGACAUCCAGCUGCGCGGCAUCGAAGGCAGCAGCAGCCUGAAAUACCAACUCGGCCAAUGGACCAAAUCCCUCUUCAAAUCCACCUUCACCACCUCCUCCCCACCACCGCCCUCCCAGUCCCAACCCCACCACGCCGGCGCCGUCACCCACAACGACACCAACACAAGCGGCCUCACCCGCAUCCUCACCCAAAUCAAACUCUCCAUCACCCCGGACCCCUCCCGGCCGCCCAACAUGCUGCUCACCUUCCUGCACCCGGAGAUCUACCAAUCCUUCCGCACCCUCCAGCACACCGUCAACCCGAACCCGGACCCGGAGACGCUACCCGCCGACUACGCCAAGCGCGCCUACUGGCCGCCCGAGAUGUGGACCCCGGCCCCCCGGCUCUGGCUGCCGCGCGACGACGCCCGCGUCAGCCGCCAGGAGGUCGCCCACUGCGCGGGCGCGGUCGCGGCCGCGAGCGACCGGGCCUGCUGGCUGGCGGAGACGGUGCGGAGUCGGAGGGGCAAGGGGGCGGUGGCCAGGGUGGAGUGUCGGAUGGAGGAGAGUCCGCUGCUGGAGGGGGAGGUGCGGUGGGUUUAUUAGGGUUUGGUUUGUUAUUGAAUGGGGGGUUGUUAUCUACCCAGGUUUCUCUUUUUUCUUUUGGUGUUUUUUUCUCAUUUUGGUGGUGGUUUCUUUUAUCUACAGUUUGCCCAUACGGUGGACCCGGGAGAUUGAAUGACACCGACCGUGUAGGGUACCCGGCGGAUGGGCUGGAAACCGGCCGGCAGGCAUAUCGUGAUUUUAAUCAUAAUCAAUACCUAUCUUACCUAUCUUACUGUU